AUGGACCGACGCUAUGCCACCGACCAGGAAGAGAAGGUCGAGUUGAAUACCUAUCGUAGCUAUCAUCCAAAUCACAGCUUCGAACACCCAGAGCCCUAUUCAUCUUUACCAGUCUCUCCGAGGCCUCUUACUCCGAUCAGACCGGGCCAUUUCCCUACGGACGAGUACGGCCAACCCGUUUGGCUUCAACCAACCGCUCGCAUGUCGGGGCAAUCACAAACCGAUUCUUUCUCGAACUCGCCUUGGGAAACGAAGACUGACUAUGAUUCUCGGUCGGCUUCUCCAACUUUGUACCAACACCAUGGCGUACAAGAAAGUCACCAAAGUCUUGCUCCCCUCGUGAGUUCACCUGCUUCACCAGGAUUCUCAAAGGACUGGGUCAAGUCCGGGUCGAUCGCGCAGGUCAACGCUCGAGAUGAUGCGGAUAUUUGGAAAGGAUGGAAACGAUGGGUAUUCUUCCUGGUGCCAUUCCUCACGUUCGCCAACACUGGGAUAUACUUGUUCUACCUCGGCCUGAGAAUAUUCUGCAUUGUUAUGGCGCAGAGAGUUGCUAAGGUGUCAUACGCUGGAGCUUGGGUUUUUGUGGCCAUUGAAAUCGCCGUUGCCAUUCCCUCCCUCAUGCACAACUGUUGGACUAUGAUGGCUCUGAAGAAGAGAGGUCGUGCCAAGCUUAGAUUGACCGGCAAUGAAUGUCCGACGGUGGAUGUGUUCAUUACGUGCUGCGGAGAAGACGACGAAGUUGUACUGGAUACCGUUCGUGGUGCUUGUGAUCAGGACUACCCUCGCGACAGCAUGAGGGUCAUCAUUUUGGACGACGCCAAGUCGGCAACCCUCGAGGCUGCCUGCAACCAACUCGCCGUGAACUAUCCCAACAUCAUCUAUAUGGCUCGUGAGAAGAUUCCCGGCAAGCCCCACCACUUCAAGGCGGGUAACCUUAACUACGGUCUGGAGCAAGUCAACCUUUUGCCCGGAGGCGCCAGCCAGUUCAUGGCCGCCCUGGACGCCGAUAUGGUAAUUACCACACCCCAGCCCGCUUCGCAAUUCAAACUCUUGUUUCUCACUAACAAUCUGCAGAUUCCCGAACAAGACUGGUUGCGCGCUAUCGUUCCCCACUUGCUGGUGGAUCCCAAGGUGGCCCUUGCAUGCCCGCCGCAGCUUUUCUACAACACCCCUGCAUCCGACCCGCUGGCGCAGAGUCUCGACUUCUUCGUGCAUGUCAUCGAGCCGAUCAAAGAUGCCCUCGGCGUGGCUUGGUGCACUGGGUCAGGUUACGUUGUCCGACGCGAGGCACUCGAGGAGAUUGGCAAUUUCCCGCUUGGAUCAUUGGCCGAGGAUGUUGCGACUUCAACAUUGAUGCUUGGCAAAGGAUGGAAGACCGCAUACAUCCACGAGCCUCUUCAAUUCGGCACCGUGCCGGAAGACUUUGGUGGACAUCUCAAGCAGCGUACACGAUGGGCAAUUGGAACCGUCGACACGGCUUUCAAGCUGAAGUUCUGCCUCUUUGGUGACGCGGUGAAGCAGAUGACCGCCGCCCAGCGAUUCUCUGGCUUCCUCUACGCAACUCUUAGUGUCUAUACCAUCCUGUUGACCGCCGCGCUGUUUGCGAUUCCCAUCAUCCUUCUAUGGGGCAAGCGUCUCGUCGCCUUCGCCACAGAAGAGCAACUUCACUGGCUGAUCUGGGCCUGCUUCGCCGCGACCAUCUCCAACCGUCUCUGCGAAAUGGCCCUCUUCAUCCCUGCUGGCUACCACACCGGCCAACGUGGCUCCCGCUACCAACUCUGGAUGUCCCCCUACAUCGCUCUGUGUCUCGUGCGCGCCUUCUUCCUGCCCACCUGGCUCGGCGGCCAAGCCCAAGCCUUCAAGCCAACCGGAUCCCUCGACUCCGCCCUCAACGAGCGCGACGCCAAGAAAUCGAAGAAUAUGUUCGUGCGCAUGCGCGUCAUCCUCCUCAACUACAUGGCCAGCUUCCACCUCCUCUUCGUCUACGUCACGCUCGUCGCAGUCGUCAUUUCCUCGUACCGCUGCUGGGCGCAAAACUCCGGCUUCAGAGAUAUCAUCCUCUGUCUCAUCACGCACGCUUUCUGGCCCCCGCUCACCUUCCUCUUCAUCUGCACGUCGCUUUGGACACCCGUCUCCUACGCCAUUGACCCGCCCCACAUGCCCGAACGGGAGGAUCUCCUCAUCCGCGAUCCGAAGACUGGCGUUGCACACCCGACGAAAGAGAGUAAGAAGAUCGCCUUCGGCGGUCAGGCUGCAUGGUUUGAGCUCGAGUACACGGUUGCCACGAUCGCGACGAUUUUGGUGUUCAUUUACUCGUUCAUGUUCUAA